CUUUCGAGUCGCGUACGGCGCUGUGCACGCCUCGCCGGCGAAAAAAAAAAUAAUAACGUGAAGCGCGAAAAAAAAAGAAAAGUCGGCCUCUCGCGUUUCGCUCUCGUGGCAUUAUUGCUUCGCUCAGCAGUCUUCCUCGGCUCCUGUCUCCUGGCGCGGGACCCUCGGCUGGCCUGCGUGUUCGCGCAAGGAAUGUUGUCAUCGCCUCCGCUCGCCGCCUCCGGUGGACGACGGGUCGCAUCGUUCUCGCGAUUUGCGUCGAUUUGGCGCCCGACGCGAUUCGCUGCACGCAUCUCGUCGCAGGACCGCCGAAUUUUGCCACAGCCGUGAGAGCUGGCGGUGCUUUCAGAUGAGUGGACAUCCGCGUUCCGUUCAAUGUUCUCCUGUGAUUGACGACCAGAAACCUGUGGAUUUUCACUCGCAGCUGCGUUCGCGUGUGCUGUUUAAAUCUCUGGUAAAACAGUGAUCGUUAUUGCGUCUCCGUGUGUCGUACGUGAAAGUGCGAACUUCCCUCCAAAUGCCACCGUCUCCUUGUUGACUUUAAGAAAAGACGGAAAUAGCAUACUUGCCGUUAGAAAUGACGUCAUUUAUUCUCAAGAAGGAACUGUCCUCCUCUUCACUGCGGAUUUGUCUACGUCGACGGAUAACGCUCCCAAGCGCCGAUGUCCAGCUCUGACCGAGCAGCUUCGUCAGUAACGUGUGCUGGAAUAACCAAUCGGGAAUUUCAUUGCUUCGCCUACAGUGUGUGCCAUAGUGUGAUGCAGCAUCUGUUGGGUGUGUCAUGAGAAUGCGUUGCGAACGGAUUUCAUCUGCCGUCGGCUCCCUAGCAAUUUUGCUAGCCUGCGUGACUUUCGGCCAUGCAGGUGAACUGCCAACUGUUCUUAUAGGAGCCAUUUUUGAAGACGGCGAGCGUGACUCCGAAAGUGCGUUCCGCAGCGCGGUCGACCUGGUCAACAACGACCCUGCCCACGCACUCACGAGGUUCAGGCUCGCCGGAGUCAUCCAGAGGAUACCGCCACACGAUGCCUUCCACGCUCGGAAAGCAGCCUGCAAGCUUCUGUCUAUGGGCGUAAUGGCUAUCGUGGGGCCGAGUUCGGGCCCUGGUUCUGCCGCUGUGGAUGCCGCGUGCAAACGGUCACGUGUCCCCCACCUCGUCACCCGUGCGCCGGGCAGCGGUAUCGGUGACGGCGGUGGCAGCACUGAAGAAGGCGGCGGCGGCGACUCGUCAUCCAUCUCAAUCCGUCUGUCACCUCGGCGUGCCCAUCUGGGAUCUGCAAUCAAGGGACUCUUAGACGCCAAGGGCUGGAAGUCAUUUACGCUCGUCUACGAAGACAGUCUGACUCUCCUUCGACUUCGAGAAGUGCUGCGAUUGUCGUUAACGGGCGACGUCACAUUCCGGCUGCGGCAGUGCGCGCCUGGCGAGGAGCUACGCAAGGUGUUUCGAGAGGUGGGACGGCGAGGCGAAUCAAACAUCUUGCUGGACGCGCCCACGCAUCGCAUUAGAGAAUACCUAAAGCAGGCUCAGGAUGUCGGAAUGCUAACAGAAUACCACAACUACAUUACGACGUCCUUGGAUCUGCACACGCUAGACUUGCGGUCCUUCUACAGCUCACGAUGCAACGUGACCGGCUUUCGCAUGGUGAGCACGGAAGAGUCGCCCUCGCAUUUGGCGCAGCUCGAACCGCAGCCAAUCAGCGGUGUUGAGGACUCGCUGGAGAUGUUGUCGCCAAGGGCUAGGCAGAUCUUCUCGAGCGUAAAGUCGGGCGCAGCCCUCGCCCACGAUGCAGUGCUGUCUUUCGCCCGCGGCCUGCAGACUCUCAGCAGGAGCCGAAACCUGGAACCCAAGCAUGACGCCACGUGCGAGCCAGGCCGCGCUGCUUGGCCCUACGGACUCUCUCUCGCCACGCAGAUUAAAGCGGGCACUGUGUCAGGUCUCACCGGAAGACUGCAGUUCGACACUUUUGGAUCUCGGACUAACAUUUCCCUUUCGCUGGUUCAGCUUAAAGAAACAGGCCUCUCACAAGUUGGCACUUGGGAAGAGCGCAGCGGAGUCCACUACAGCAAGAAUCAAAGCGAGGUUUACGAGGAGGUAGCUCACACACUGCGGAAUAAAACACUGCGCGUCGUUACCAUCGUGAGUGAGCCAUACGUUGUGUUGCGCAAAGACUCGAAGUUGACAUCAGCGGGAGAAGAGAGGCUGGACGGAUUUUGCGUCGAUGUUCUGAGACAGAUGGCGCUGCUGCUCGGAUUCCGCUUCGAACUGCGGCUCGUGCGCGACGGUACCUACGGUAUGGUCAACUCACGUGGAGAGUGGAGUGGUAUCAUUCGAGAAGUCAUGGACAGGGAAGCCGACUUGGCCAUUGGGGACCUCACCAUCACGGUGUCUCGUUCACAUGCCGUGGACUUCACGUUGCCCUUCAUGCACACCGGCAUCGGCAUCCUGUACCGAAGACCGGUGCAGGAGUCCCGUCUAUUCUAUUUCCUGUUGCCGUUGUCCCUGGACGUGUGGCUCUGCCUGCUGGCAGCAUACCUGGGCGCAGCGCUGAUGCUGCACCUGGCGGCACGCAUGGCCCCCGCCGAGUGGCACGUGCCGAGACACGGUCCCAAGUGCGACUGCGACCGCUCGUCGGGCGCGGACAAACCCAGAAAUGCGCUGGGGCUUGGCGAGAGCCUCUGGUACGCAACGGCAGCGCUCCUCUUCCAAAGCUGUGAAACCAGCCCGAGGGCUGCAUCCACGAGACUCAUUGCUAUCAGCUGGUGGGUGUUCUCACUGAUCAUGGUUUCGUUCUACACCGCCAACAUGGCUGCUUUUUUGGUCAACGAAAAGCUCCAGUUUCCCAUAGAAAACGUCCACGACCUGGCUGCGCAGUCCAAGAUUAAGUACGGCUGUAUGUCUUCGGGCUCAACUGAGACGUUUUUCAGGGAGUCGAAACUGGAGCCUUACGAACGUAUGUGGACGGUGAUGUCGAACAACCGCGAUGAUUCCAUGGCGUCAUCGACCGCCGACGGCGUGGAGCGCGUCCGAAGGGGCGACUACGCAUUCCUGAUGGAGGCAGCAACCAUCGAGUAUCUCACAGACAGAGAUUGCCAGCUGGCUCAGAUUGGGGGCCCGCUCGACUCGAAGGGAUAUGGAUUCGCUCUGCCCAGAGCGUCCCCUUACACCGCCCACCUGUCCGAAGCCAUUCUCCGGCUCCAGGAGACUGGCGUCAUUGCGCGCCUAAAGAAGCAGUGGUGGAUGGGACACUGUUCUGAGCAGCGCCAGAGGGAGAAGGGUGCGUCGGCACUGUCCGAGGUGAAGGACUCGUCAGAGGAGGCGAACGCGCUGGGCGUGUCCAAUGUCGGAGGCGUCUUCCUCGUUCUCCUCGGAGGACUCGGCGUGUCCAGCGUGUGCGUCAUCUUGGAAUUCGUGUGGAAGACUCACCCUUCAUCCAAAGCCAAGAAGAAGGCUAUAGAAAGGAGCUGUGAAAUUAUGGAACUGUCGAAAAAGGAGUCCAAGACUUCGCUGGAGGUGCUUGCAACUGCUCAACAGGAUCGCUCAAUUUCGGUGCUGCCAGCGACAACGCUUCAAGUGGACGUGGUAGACAACCGCGAGGCCUCGGCGCAUGCGCAGCAGAGGAGGCCCGACGUUUCCUAGCAGUGCGGUGAGUCACCAGACGUUCUUGCCACGGCAACGCACAACCCCGAGGCAUUCUGGUGACUCUCCGGUAUCACCCAGUGUGACGAUACAGCGGACGCUGAAAACACAAAAACUAAACAACGGUCAGCGGAUUCCCACGACCAAAUGUUUGUGUCGCCGCUGAAACUGCUGCUACACCUGCUUCGCCUUGUAAAGGACGGUGAAAAAAAAUGUGUACCAAGUGAACGUGCGCUGACUCACUCCUGCUCACUGUGGUGCGUCAUUAUGCGGCUGCUUUCUUGAGCCGUUGUCCGAAGCCGUGUUCUUUUUUAAACCAAACUUUUCGUCCCAUGCUAGCAAAUGACGCAAUGCUGUAUCCUUCGGAUGUAAUAAGGGGAAGGCGAAGACAAAGGCGCUGUGUGGUCAAAGGUAACUAAAUCGAACAAGUAAUGAAAAUUCAAUGAGCAAGCAAAAUGCGAGGGAAACAUAGCCCAUGUGUUACACUUCCAGGUGUUUCGACGCCGAAUUCACCUCUCAGCAAAGAACACCGCAGCUUCUUUAGUAAAUAUGUCAAAACAUAUGGCCGUCCUCAGCAACAAAUAAUAAGAUGUUAAGCAAGUUGCGUCGAGAGCUCGAUCUUCACGCAUUUCGCCCCAAAGGAGCACACACAUGCAUUUGGAAGAGUGGGCGUAAGAGGCAGGGAGGUUAACAGAGAAUGAAACCAGUGUGCUGCCCUGCACUGAAGGGAGGUGCAAAGGAAUAAAUAUAGUAAGGGAAGGAGAGACGACCAUGUGUUCAUUUUCACUAGUAUCGUCGGAGUAUUUAAAUUCUCGUCUUGGUGUUCAUGGCGUGCCCUACGUUCGUCGUCAGCGUAGCCCACACCAUUCACUUAAACCAAUGCAUUGAAGACGCCAUCCUAACUCACCGCUGUCUCGAGGU